CACAUACGUAUAGAUCAAAUAAACCAGCGCAAUAUGCGCAAAUUAAACUAAAAUGCAGCACAUCAGAGCUGUAAAAACUUUUACGACUCCCCCCCAACCAUUGCCGCCAACCUGCUUUGAUGCUGCUGCUGCCAGUGUUGUUGGUAACUCUGCACUGCCACCACCACCACCACCCGCACAGUCGAAAAUAAUACCAGAUACAAAUUAAGGUCGCCCAGCGGCAGCGCAUAAACACGGUAGAAGUUUUCUACCUGAGAGUAUAUUAGUCUCUGGGUCCUUAGAUCGUUACACAAAAGGAUAUCCCACCCGGAGAAAGAGUGAGGACAGCGACGUGUGGAAGCGAGACGCACAAACACAAAGGCCGUAAAACAUUUUGGACGGUGCUGGCUGCAGGUCCUCCACCUCGCAGGACUCGUAAAUUUCCAACCCAACCAACCCACCCAAAAUCCACAAAAACAACCAGGAAGAAGCAGCCAAAAAUUUUUAAGAAAUCACCAAGUAACUGCAUUCACUGCCAGUCCUCCUCAUACACAUACCAACAAACAAAUAUAUAUAUAUAUAAAAUAAAUAUAUAUAUAUAUUCUGGCAGAGAUGGCGGGCAACAUUGUCAAAUGGUGGAAGCAUAAAAUUCUCGGCGGCUACAAACAAUUCUCAGUCCAGGAAUGCACCACAGACUCCGAGGAGCUGAUGUACCACCAGGUGCGCGCCUCCUCCUCCUGCAGCGCCCCGCCGGACUUGCUGCUGGUCAGCGAACGUGACAAUAAUAUACAACUGCGAUCGCCGGUGGUGAACAUAAUCACAACGCCGCCGGGCAAUGCCUCCGUCGGUGGCAGUGGCAAGCCAUCCCAGCAGCACCACCAUCCACAGGCCCACUUGCCCCACCAGCAUCACUCACGGCAUCAGUCCGGCCAGCCACAGGAUGUGAGCAGCGGUGGCAGCCACAGUAAACAUUUGCGCAUCAGCAGCAGUUCAAAUGGCAAGCACGGAAAAUAUUCAAAUAUGCAUCAACAGCAGACGCUGCCGCAUCAGGACGAGGAUGUGGUGGACGCAGCAGCUGCUGGCAUGCAGCAAUCACACGGCGGCCACGCCCAAACCCAAUCCCACUCCCGCCACCUGCACCACCACAAAGAGGAGCGCAUCCGUUUGGAGGAAUUCACCUGCGACGUGUCGGUGGAGGGCGGAAAAUCAUCACAGCCGUUGCAGUUCUCGUUCACGUUCUACGACCUGGACGGCCACCACGGCAAGAUAACAAAGGACGACAUUGUGGGCAUUGUGUACACCAUAUACGAGUCCAUUGGCAAGUCGGUGGUGGUGCCCCACUGCGGCAGCAAGACAAUCAACGUGCGGCUCACCGUCAGUCCCGAGGGUAAAUCGAAAUCGCAGCCGGUCGGUGUGCCAACCGGAUUCAGUAGUGGAAAACUGAAGAAAUUGCCCACGGGUCUGUCGGCCAUGUCAAAAACCGUGGGUGGUGCGGGCGGCGCGGGGCUGGGUGGGUCAGGUGGUGGUGCAGCGCUAACGACAUCCGCCGGCAACCGCCGUCAGCAUCGCUAUCGACCUCGCAAACUGAUUAAGUCCGAUGACGAGGACGAUGACAGCAACAGCGACAAGGAGAAGGACACGGCCCCCACCACCACGACCACGUCCGAGCAGCCCAGCGGCAGCGGGGGCAAGUCGUCGGGAAAGAGCCAUCACCACCAGAGCCAUCAGGCGUCCAGGUACCAUCAGAAGAACAAUGCCAAAGCGGAGCAGUGCUGUUCCGGGGAGCAGCACACACCGGACAAUGGCCACAAUACCUACGAGAAUAUGCUGAAUCUCAAGUGCUGCAAGCCGGAGCAGGGCGCUGAUCUGGUCGACUGUCCAUCGCACCGCCACUCGCACCACCAGCAGCUCCGGCAGCAGGACAUCUACAUGAAGCAGGCCACCCAGCGGGUCAAGAUGCUGCGAAGGGCGCGCAAGCAAAAGUACCAGGAUCACUGCCUCGAAACGCGUCAACGCAGCUUGUCGGUGGGCAAUGAUUCCUCCUGGCAGAACCGUCAUCUGCAACCACAAGUGGUGCAGCAGGCAGCUGCCACCACGCCCACCCAGUCGCUGAACCACAAGAGUGCCUCGGUGUCACCACCGUUAGUGGGCGGGGGUGGUGAGGUGAUGCUCGAUGGUGUGCAAUUGCGUCAGCCACGCCCCCAAUCCCUCACCCACCAGCAACAACAGCAGCAACAGCAGAGGAAAUCAGCCGAGUGCUGGAAAUCGGCUCUGAAUCGAAACGAUUUGAUUAGCAUCAUCAGGGAGAGCAUGGAGAAGAACCGCCUGUGUUUUCAGCUGAAUGGAAAACCCCAAGCCAAUGUGAGUCCCAUACAACAACCACAACAACAACAACAACGCCAACGCUGCAAUACGGGCUCGAAAAUACCAACGUUAAUUGCCAACCACAGUCCGGGUCCGGUGGCAUCCGGCCCGCAAUCGCCGCUCAGCUGCAGUCCGCCCUUGGUUACGGUGGACAGCAACAAUACCAGCAGCAACACCUGCAUUCCGGCACCAACACCGGCAGCCAACGAGGGCAACGGUGGCAGCAACCAGCACAGCAACCAUCACAGCAGCCACCACGAGCAUCCCCAACCUCACAUACCCAUCUACCACCAGCAGCUGGCCAUUAAUCCGGCCGUGUUGGCCGCCCAACAAACUCACAAUACGGCCCACAACAAACUGAAUCUAUGCGGCUACGAUUCCUUUCUGCAUGCCACUAUCUGUGGCGGCGGUGCAGCCGCCCACUCGCCCCCACCCCCGCCCAGCAACGUGGCUACGGUGCAACCGAUACCCAAAAAGACUGCCAAGAACCUGAACCUCUUGCAGGGAUACCAGCGACUGGGGCAGCAGCACCUCAGCCAGCAGGAUCAGCCGGCCCAGAGGAGCAGCAAGGACUACAAGAACUACGGCAAUCUCAUCUAUGCCAAGCUGAGCGAGCAGCUGCAGCAGAAGGAGAGGGAGCAGAGGCGCAGUCAGCGGCACAAGUUGCAACAGCAACAGAAGUUGCAGGAGCAGCACAACCAGCUGAAGGAGCUGCCACAGUCCGUGGAGCAGCGCCCACCCACCUCGAACUCCAGUUCUGGGGCGUCCAAGAUCUACGGAGAUGCCCUGGAGUGUGCCCAUCUGCUGGCCAGCGAGGAGGAGGAUCUGCCGCCCAGUCCGGUGACCAGCACGCCCCGGAAAGUGGUCAGCACUGACACGUUGAUCGACCUUAACGACGAUGUGGGGGAAGCUGUGGCCGAGGCCGUCACCGAAAGUGGCAAGCAGUCCCUGGAGGGGGUAGAGGAGGGUCAAGCCGCAGAGGUGGAACUGGACACCAGUGCCUCCAGCUCGAUGAUUCAUCGCUAUGUGCACGAGCACAUCCACCAUCACUACCAUCACUUCAAGGAGCAGCAAGACGUCUAGAGAUCGAUUGAAAACUAUAAACUAUUUGAAUGUUGCUUGUGUUUUGCAGUCUAUUGAUUAAUGUAGCGCCAAUUGUAAUUUAAAGUUAGCAUUUAUCGACUAAAUCAGAAAAACUAAAAUCCGAAAGAAACUUAAAUCUUAAAUAUGAAGAAAC